CUUCAAUCUCACAGGGUCACCCAGACCUUGACCACCUUCCUUACUCGGAAUCGCUGCCUGAAAUGGAGCCCGACGGCGCCGCGCCGAUGCAGGUCGACUCCGCGGCGGACAAAGGCCCUAACUCGGCGGAGCUCCAACUCAAUCCCCCCAAAUCCAGAGAAGAAGGCGAGCUCUCCUCCGAUGACAAUGACGAAAAUCGUGUUUUAUCAGCUGCACGAUCGAAUGGUACUAGUGUACUUACUCCAGGGCCCAUGCCGGUUCCAUCAGUGAACAAAGUCACCCUUGUGAAUCAAGCGGGGAAGGCUGUAUCUCCCACAAGCUCUGCUGAUAAUCAGAGCCAAAAUUCCAAGCAUCCUGUUUCCCAGAAGAGCAAUGAUGCGAACAGAGUACCAUUAAAACCUGCUAAACCUGGAUGGCGUCCCCCACAUGCCCACUCGGGGCCAAACAAUCUUGUGAUAAGCUUCUCAGAUGAUGAUAGCCAGAGUGAUUCUGAAGAAAAAGAGCGUGGGAAACUGAAAGUCUUACAAACUAAAAGUAAUAUUACUCGAGCGAAUGCUAAUGGAAAACCACCCUUUUCUUCUAUUGCAAAACCAAACAAGUUGGGACAGCCUGCCAGGAAUGUGAACAAAGUAAUGCCGAAAAAGUUGUCUAUGAAUCGCACGUUUAUCACAUCAAUGGCGAAUAUCGGUGGAGUUAAUUCUAGAGAUUCAGUGCCAUCAUCAGUUGAGCAAAGAUCUCGAGUUGGAAAUUUCUAUUCCAUGAACAAAAAUAUAGUGAACAGAGAGCGUGGAAAUGAACUUCAAGACUUGCGACAGCAGAUUGCACUGAAGGAAACUGAACUGAAGCUCAAGGAAAGUGAAUUGAAGCUUAAGUCUGCCCAGCGAACUAAAGAAUCAGUUACAUGCAAGGAUGAGAAUGCUAAGGGCCUGCAAAGAGAUGGAGCUGGACAGUGCAGUAUAGGAGAUUCUGAUGUUCUGCAGAUAGAACCACAAGAGCCAGAUAAAAAGCGUCUAAAAGUCAGCGGCACUUUUUCCACUCAGCUAACUGCACUAGGCCCACAGGAAUUACCUGUUGCAAAACCUUUAUUACCAUCAAAAACCACAGCUGUGGAGGACCAUACUCAAUUGGACUCCAGUAAGAUUGAUUUUGUCCAAAAAGAAAAUCAGGUGCGCCCAACAGAGUCUAGCAUUGUAAAAUGGCAAAAUCCUAAUGAUAAACAUGUCUCUGGAAUGUUGGGAAAUAUACAUACUGGACUGAAAGAUGGUGCUGGCAUCAAUGCUAAAUACAUCCAGUCCGAUGGGAGGGGUAAGCAGAUAGAUUCUUCUGUUGUACCAAUCCAGGCUAAAUCACUGACAGAUGUGGGUCCAAAUAACUUGAAUGGUGUGGAGUUGAAUCAUAGAGAACCUGGAUCCUUAAACAAUCCAAUAUCAGGAAUGAAUUUAAUGAGAAGCGGUCACCAUCCGGAAACCAUAACUGCUGACAAGAGACCUGAGCUCUCAUUCUACAGUACAUGCCAGGCACUGCUAAACAACAAAAACCUCUCAGAUUGUGUUGGUAAUGCAAACGUUACGGGAGAUGACAACAUGAAGAUGCAGUCAUUGGUUCAAAUGGAGGAAAUGCUAGACAGGAAUCUGGAGGAAGCACAAGAGCAUAGGCGAAGGUGUGAAAUUGAAGAACAAAAUGCUCUUAAAGCUUAUCGUAAAGCACAGAGGGCUCUUCUUGAAGCGAAUGCUAGGUGUGAUGUUCUUUAUCGGAAAAGGGAGCAAUAUUCUGCCGACUUUCGUGCUUAUGUUAUCGAUAAUCCCAAUUUGUUAUGUUCCUCAAGGCAGCACGAACAAGGUGGAUUUGAGUUGGAUCACACUAAUAACUUGUCUGAAAAUGUGAAUUUAACGCCCACGUCAAGCCAUCAGAUGCCGCUGGAGCAUAAUGAUUGCAAUCUAGCGGUUAUUGAUUCCAGAAACCAAGGUGUUUACACUGCUCAGAUCCCCCAUUCGGAUCAGCAUUUGAGUGGAGAAAACAUUGGCUCAGAACCAUGCAGUGAACCUGAUGCUAGUACAUCUGAGCCAGUGCCUCUUUUGGGAAAUAAUGGGACAGAUGGAGUUUUCUCUCCAUCUGAACCAAAUGGUUCACAGAAUGAAGAUGAUGAUACAUUUUCAUUUGAAACUGAAUCUGUUCGACGCGUUAGUGGAUGCCAUAUUGUAGACAAACAAAAGGAGACAGAUACUGAAGCAAAUAAGAAAAUGUCUAUUGACCCGAACGAGGAAUCUUUACUUCUCGAGAAAGCUUUGAGGUCUACACUAUUUGCAAAGCUAGGAACAAAAAAUGUUUCAAAGAACAGUUUCGAAUGUAAUGUCGGGAUUGCAGUGGAACGAGAGGCUGAAAAUGAUGCGAUUAGUGAAGGACCACCUCAAGUAAAUGGGAGUUCUCCCUUCUCAGAGAUGGAGAAGAAUCAACAAUCCAACAUUGAAGGCGCUGAUGGGCCAGAAAAAAGUUCCACUGAGGCUCCUCUUCAGAUCCAGAGAGAGCAUUCCAUCGAAGAUGUGUCUUUGAACUCUCAUUCCAGUGGAUAUUUUAAGGACAGAUGUUCCUUUGGAGGUGAUCACUCAUUGGCUUCUAUGAUCUUUUCGCCUUCCAACAUCUUCAGUAGUGCUUUUGGGUAUAUGAAGGUUAUACACCCAAACAAUGUGAUGGAACAUCAGCACAGAAGUCUACAAAGUGGAACUUGUGAUACUAAUAUUGAAGAAGGUGCUUGUGUGAACUCUCGUAAAGUGCAGUUUAGCAGUACCAUGAUAGACGCAACGAAAAAGACUCUGGUGAAAUCAUGUGAAAGAGAAGAUGCCUCUUAUACCGCUGGUCCUGCUGUUGAUCCCUUUUGGCCACUUUGCUUGUAUGAGCUACGAGGAAAAUGCAACAAUGAUGAGUGUCCUUGGCAGCAUGUUAAGGACUACUCUACCACCGAUAUGUCUCCACGUCAGCAUGAUAAUACUGAUAAUGCUGCUUGUCAGGUUGGACAACCGUUAUGCAAAGAAAAGUGUGAUAAUUCAGCAAAAGUUCCUUGGCGUCACAAUGUUAUGACUUUACCAACUUACCUUGUUGGCUUAAGUACUCUAAAAGCUGAUCGGUGUUCAUAUGAUUCUGUUUUAGCACUGAGAAAUGGUGAAUGCUGGAAGAAGUGUUUCAGCCUUUUCUUAGCAUUAUCAAAGUUGUUUCAAAAGGAUAUUCCUGCAGAUGGGCCAGUCUUGCAUGGAAAUGGCGGUCGCAUCGAGGUCCCAAAUCAACUGGAUCAAGCUUUGGUUGACAAUGAGGAAUUCCUGGAGAAGGCUCUUUUAGUUUUCAGUCAGGAGGUCAAUGCUCUUGAGGGUAUGAAAAAGGCUCUUCCUGUACUGUCACUAGCUCUUGAGGCUGAUCCAACAUCCGUGGUUCUCUGGGUCUUUUAUCUGCUUAUUUACUAUAGCAAUAUGAAGUCAGUAGGGAAGGAUGACAUGUUCACUUGUGCGGUCAACUACAAUGAUCGAUCUUAUGAACUUUGGAUCAUGUUCAUCAACAGUCGGAUGCAGCUAAGUGACCGACUGGUUACCUACGAUCUUGCUCUUUCAGCACUUUGCCGCCAUGCUUCUUCUGCCAAAGAUAAAAUACAUGCUAGUGCUUGUAUCUUAGACCUAAAUUUGCAAAUGGUGGAUUGUCUAUGCAUGUCUGGGAAUGUUGAGAGGGCCAUUCAGAAAAUUUGUGGAUUCUUCUCUGCUGCCACAAAUAUUUAUGACCCUGAUUCUCCAUUGCUCACUGAUAUUCCCACAUGCCUAACAAGUCAUGACAAAUGUAUAUUGGGGAUUUGCUGUGUUUACAUGGUUAUCUAUAGGAAACUUCCUGAUGCUGUAGUACUGCAGUUUGAAUGUCAGAAAGAACUGUUUGCAAUAGAAUGGCCUUCUAUUGAAUUAACAGAUAAUGAAAAGCAGAGGGCAGUCCAACUGAUGGAAGCAGUAGAAGAUUCUGUAUGUCAAUUGCUGGAUAAAAGUGAAUUUGAUCUCAGUUUGGCACAUUUUUUUGCUCUGAACCACUUAAGGUGCGUGGCAGCUAUUGACAGCUUAGAAAGGUGUAGUAAUCUUCUGGGUAAAUAUCUUAAAAUGUUCCCGUCCUGCUUAGAGCUUGUUCUAAUUUCGGCAAGGGCCCACAAACAUGCUCCUGGUGGCUCGCUUUUUGAUGGGUUCGAGGAAGCCCUAAAUAGUUGGCCAAAGGAAGUUCCGGGAAUUCAAUGCAUCUGGAAUCAAUAUGUUGUAUAUGCCCUUCAGAAAGGACAAUUUGACUAUGGUAAAGAACUUAUAGGCCGUUGGUUUCAUUCUUUUUGGCAAGUUCAUUGUCUUCGAAAUGGUACAUUCGAUGACAUGGAGUGUGAUAACUCAGAUGGCUCACUAGGAUUGGCUUCAGAUUCAAAUCUGCAGACACUUAAUUCUGAUUGUAAGCAGAUGGAUGUAAUGUUUGGAUAUCUUAACCUCUCACUGUAUAAGUUAAUCCAAAAUGAUCAGAUUGAAGCUCGCUUAGCCCUUGAGAGGGCAUUGAAGGCUGCUGUUCCAGAAUAUUCUAAGCAUUGCAUGAGGGAGCAUGCAUUAUUUAUGCUAAGUGAGGAAUCAGGAUUAACGGAGAACUGUUAUCAUAGUGGCAUGGAGAAGAUUUUGAAACGUUAUGUAGGUGAUGCCCAAGCUUUCCCUGUGUCUCAGCCGUUAUCUAUGCAGUUCAUUGCCAACAUCAAGAAGCCAAGAGUACGACAGCUGGUUAGUAACGUAUUCAGCCCAUUCUCAUCUAAUAUUUCUCUGGUCAAUUCAGUUCUUGAAGGGUGGUAUGGACCAUCUCUUAUACCGAAAAUGACAGGUGAGACAAAAUGUCUUGUGGAUUUUGUUGAAGCCAUUUUGGACAUAACUCCAUCCAAUUAUCCGUUAGCUGUUUCUGUCUGUAAGCUGUUAAUUAGUGGCAACCAUGAGACUGAUAGUACUUCAGUCAGUGUUUUGUUCUGGGCUUGCUCAAACUUGGUCAGUGCAAUCUUUCAUGCUGUCCCAAUUCCACCAGAGUAUAUAUGGGUAGAAGCUGCAGAAAUAUUGGGUAAUAUGGUGAAUGUUGAGGUUAUUUCUGAGAGGUUUUAUAAGAGAGCUUUAUCUGUGUAUCCUUUCUCUGUUAAGUUGUGGAAAUCCUAUUACAUGCUUUCUAUGAUGACUACAGGAAAUAUGAACACUGUUCUGGAAACAGCAAAGGGAAAAGGUAUAGAACUUGAUUAAAGGCUCUUUUCUCAGCAUUACUAAAGCUUUUGGGGCCAGUUUUGGAGUUUAUGUGGUGUCCGGAGGCCUUGAUCCUGUAUAUGGUAGUGGUAAAUUGGAAACUCGGCAAAGUUGAUUUCUGAUGCAAUUUUGCUAACAGAAGAUUAAAUAUGAAGAUAGAAACUACAGGAAUUUGUACAUGAUAGGAGCACAAUCAAAGAAAUUAAAGGGUUCAGCUACUUCGCUACACAUUUUGAAGUUCAGUAGAGAAGAAGUAACUUCUGCACAUUUUGUUGUUUAACUUAUCUGCUAGCUUUAUGUUUCAUGUUGUCUUCCUUCUUUGUAAUUUCUUCACAACUUGUUGAUUUAUUAUACCAGCCGGAUUGUUGUACUUGAAUCACAGGAAUGAAAUCGAAUGUGUUUAGUUUUUUG